GUUAUAUCUUGAUUUGGAUGUAUUGUAUUGUAUUGAUUGUAUCUCACAUGGAGUUUAUCGUCUGUAACUCCAUAUUACCCAAUACGGUAAUUUUUUUUUCAGUGAACACCCAACGUGAAAGUGAAAGUUAAGUACUGAACAACGGUACAAUCACUAAAAAUCUCUAUAUAACAUACCAUUGACUAUUCAGUAUUAAGCCAAAGCGUAACGCAUACUGUGACUGUGACUAUGCUUAUUGAAAGUUCUGUAAAUGAGAAGUAUCUCCGAACUUUAACCAUCGGUAGUUUCCCACGACAAGUAUUACUGUUUCAGGAAUCACAAGAUUUCUUUCAACAAUUAGUAUUUAUUGAUUAUCAAUUACAGCUAUUGAUUCAGAAUGAGUUUGGACGGAAUGAGUUUAAGACUGCCAAACAAGUAGAGUAUCAAGGAAAUAAAACCGUUCGAGGUAAAUUAGUUCAACUCAUUGAUUAUGUUCAUUCUAUUACUUUAAAUUAUGGUAAUGCAACCAAUUCUUAUGAAGAGAAAUUAUAUUAUUCAGUAUUAAUGGCUCAUUUAUAUUAUCUUAAUAGUCAAAUUAGUGAAAUGAAUCAGAUUUUAAAUUCUGUAUCUUUAACUCCUCAAUUUAAUUAUAAUUCAAAUUUAUCACUUCAUCAUAAUGAAUUUUUACAAUAUUUAAGUUGUCGAUAUUAUGUCCUUCUGGGAUUAAUUGAUGCUGAAAGUUCUUAUAAGAUUUGGCUUGAAUUUCUUGUGAAAUUAUCGGUUCCAUUUACUAAAUCAAAUGUAUUAGCUAAUUAUUGGUUAGACCUUAUGUCAACUAAAUUAGUCAUUAAAUUAACUCAAAAUGGGUUAGAACCAUUAUCUUUUACUAAAGAUAUAAAACAAUUACCAUUCUAUUCCAAUUCCCUAUCCACCAUUCGAUUCAGUCAAUUGUUAUUAAGACCAGAGAAUUCUAAAUUUAUUAAUGAUACAUUUAAAUCAGGUUAUACUCAAUAUCUUUUAGAACAAUUAGAAGAAAAAGUUCAUAAUAAAAGUCCAUUUCCAGAAGCAUCGAAUUCUAAUAAAAGUUUAGAAAUUUAUAUUGGAAAUUUAUAUGAUUCAUUAAGUAAUAUACCUCAAACUCAAACCAUUUUAAAAUCUAGUUUAUCUAAGAAAUUCUUAGUUAAUUCAACUUCUAAGACUUAUCAAUCUCAAACUGUUUUAGCUAAUUUAAUUAAGACAUUAAUUGAUUUAAAUGAAUAUGAUGAAGCCUUUGCUGCCUUUAGAACUUAUAUAAGUUAUUUGGAAGCCGAUCAAGAACAUCAUGAAGGACAUAUUAAUAAUAUUUUAUUAAUUAUUGAUAUCUAUUCUAAAUGUAUUCUUAAUUUUAAUCCUUUAACAUCUAUAAUAACUCCUUCUAAAGUGAAAAAAUUUAAGUAUACUACUGAAGAUCGUAUACUUGAUUCAUUAGCUAAACAUGUUAAAACACUUUUAAAGUAUUUAAAUGAGUUAACUAGUUAUUGUGAUUUAACUUAUGAUAAUGAAACUGAUACUGAAACUAAUCCAUUAUCAUUUCUUUAUCGAAAAUAUAAUGUGAAUUUAUUACUUUCCGAUUCAACUCAAUUGGUUGAAUUAGUAUCACGAGCUUGGUAUUCUAUAGGUCAUUAUUAUUAUUACUUAUCCAUUUAUGGAUCUUCAACAGAAAGUAUCUUACAAUCCAAUAUUACUAAUCUUUUAAAAUAUUAUAAGAAUGCUUUAAUUAUUAAUUCUACAGGGAAUGGACAUUAUUUAUUUGAUUAUGCUUUAGCUUUAAGUAAUAAUAAUCAAUUACAACCAGCAUUAAAAUUAUGUAAAUUCAUUCUUAAAAAGUUUCCUGAAUCAUUUAAAACAUGGAAUUUAUUAAUUUUAUUACAAAGUGCAUUUGAAGCUAAUCUGCCUGAUAGUAAUAAAGAAGCUAUACCAGCCAGAAACUUUAGUGAUACAGAAGAUACUGAAGAUGAAAGUCAAGCAUUUAGAUUUAAUAAUAAUCCUAAAUCUACUACAGUUAUUGAAGAAGAAGAUGAUCAACAACUUGAUAAAGAUAGAAAGAAAGAAUUAGAAAUUCAAGAGAAAUUAUCCGAACUGGAAAAAUUUGCUAAUAAUGCAUUAAAUAUUGCCGGAUUAGUAAUUUUAAGACAUCAACAAAAGAAUUUACAAUUAACUAUUGAAGCCAAAUAUGAGAUAUUACAAUUGAAAUUAACUCAAUUGGCAGUUUGGGAAUCUAUUCAUGGAGUUCAAUAUAUUCUUGAUUAUUUACCUGAAGUAUUUAUUACUUAUCAUGAACUUUUUGAUAAUGUUGAAAUUGAACCAACUCCAAUUCCUACUUCCAAUACUUUACGAGAAGAGAAAUUGUUGACUACUACAUCUAAAUGGUCUCAUAGACCUAGUGUUAUUGAUCCAACACCUGCUAUAACUCCUAAUAGUCUUAGUACUGUUGUUAGUAAUGGUACAGGUGGACCCACCAGUAGUGGAGCCACUUCAAGUACAGUAGUUUCUCAUCUUAAUACUACAUUGAUUACCAAUAAUAAGGAGAAAUUAAGUUCUGGUGUUGAUAAAAUCAAACGAAUUUCGCUUCUUAAUAAGAAAGAAAAUAGUCAUAAUCAUAAUCAUAUAACUCAUCCUGGAGCAUUAAGAAAGAAUUCUUUAAGUAAAGAUAUUGAUAAUGUUACCGAACGAAAGAUUUUACAAGAUAUGUGGCUUUGGACAGCAAAGAUCUUUCUUAAGAUUGGACUAUUAACAGAAGCUGAACAAUGUAUUGUUGAAGCAGAAACUAUCUAUGAACCCAAUUAUAAGACAUUCAGUUGUUUGGGACAUUUAACUUGUAGAAGUAGAAAAUUCUUAUCAUUACAAGAAUAUGAAAGAUCCUUAGAGAUUUUAACUACUAAAUUUGGUUAUAAUCGUAUUGAUUAUGGAGAGACAUUACUUGGAUUAUGUAAAUUAUUUAUUAUGGAUGAUAAGCCAAGUAAUUCAUUAUUUAUUUCUACUAAGGAUGCCGAUGCGGGAUUAAUUAGAAUUAAGAAUUUAUUAGAGAAGUAUACAUUAAGUUGGCCAUAUGGUCAUAGUAAUGUUGAAGUAUGGUAUUACCUUUCGAAGAUCUAUGAGAGUAUUGAUGAUAGAGUGUUACUAAGAAAGAGUUUAUGGACGUGUAUUGAGUUGGAGGAUUAUCGACCAGUUCGAAGCUUUAAUAUUUGUGAUAGUUAUAAGUACUGAGAGUGAGUAGUGAGUAGUGAGUAGUGAGUAGUGAGUAGUGAGUA